UCAGACUUUGGACAAACGCGAACGAAAGUGCAUUAUAGCUCGAACGUCCCCUUCUUGGCGUUAUGCUAAUCAUCAAAAGACGGAAGAAGAAGAAACGAUCAUGGUUGCAAUGGGUCGUUCUCAUCAUCUUCUUCUUCCUCCUCUCCAUCAACCAAUUCCAUGGUGGUGGUCCUCAGUUCUGGUGCUCAUCAUGCUCUCUGCAGCUACAGUUGACUGCAAAAGCAUACCAACAACUCUAGAUGGUCCAUUCGCCCCUGUUACUCGCCGCUUCGACCCUUCCCUGCGGCGCGGAAGCGAGGAUUUGCUGAUGAACCACCCGCGAGUGGCCAAGAGGGUCGGCUCCAUCUUCCCUGAACAGAUUGCUUUGGCCAUUUCCUCACCUACCUCCAUGUGGGUGUCUUGGGUCACAGGCGAUGCACAGGUAGGAAGUGUUACUCCUCUGGACCCCUCCACUGUUGCAAGUGAGGUUCAUUAUGGAAGAAGAAGCGGAAAGUAUACACAUGUAAAGAGAGGGACAUCAACUGUUUAUAGUCAGCAGUACCCAUUUAAGGGGCUUCUGAACUACACAUCAGGAAUAAUUCAUCAUGUAAAAUUGGAAGGCAUCAAGCCUGGUGCAACGUACUAUUAUAUAUGUGGAGACAGUUCAUUGUCAGCUAUGAGUGAAGAAUUUGUGUUCAAAGCACCUCCAUCACCUAGUAUAGAUAGUUAUCCAUAUAGAAUUGCAGUUGUUGGCGACUUGGGUCUCACUGGAAACUCCACUUCAACUAUUGAUCAUCUGAUUGGGAACAAGCCUUCACUAGUUCUGAUGGUUGGGGACUUAAGUUACGCAAAUCAAUACCUUACCACUGGUGGAAAAGGUGCACCAUGCUUUUCAUGUUCAUUCCCAGAUGCUCCAAUUCGUGAGACAUACCAACCACGUUGGGAUGCGUGGGGAAGGUUUAUGGAGACAUUGACCAGAAGGGUGCCCAUGAUGGUGAUUGAAGGAAACCAUGAGAUAGAACCACAACUGGGUAACGCCACUUUCCAGUCCUACCAGGCAAGGUUUGCUGUUCCAUCAGGCGAGUCUGGCUCCAACAGUAGCUUUUAUUACUCCUUCAAUGCAGGAGGUCUGCAUUUUAUCAUGUUGGGUGCAUAUGUGGACUAUAAUGCAACAGGCUCUCAGUUUGCUUGGCUUCAAAAAGAUUUAUCACAAGUGGACAGAAAAGUGACACCAUGGCUAGUUGCUGCUUGGCACCCUCCUUGGUACAAUAGCUACUCCUCACAUUAUCAAGAAUUUGAGUGUAUGAGACAGGAAAUGGAAGAACUCCUAUAUCAAAAUGGUGUUGAUAUUGUAUUUUCUGGUCAUGUCCAUGCAUACGAGCGGAUGAACAGAGUCUACAACUAUACACUAGAUCCAUGUGGUCCAGUGUUCAUCACAGUAGGAGAUGGCGGCAACAUUGAGGGGAUCGACAUAGAUCAUGCUGACGAUCCUGGAAAGUGCCCGUCCCCAAGAGACAAUGUGCCGGAAAUCGGCGGAGUCUGCCACAUAAACUUUUCCACAGGGCAUGCAGAGGGAAAGUUCUGCUGGGACAAGCAACCAGAGUGGAGUGCUUUCAGAGAGAGCAGCUUUGGACAUGGGAUCUUGGAGGUGAAAAAUGCAACGUAUGCCUUGUGGACUUGGCAUAGGAACCAAGAUGUCUACAAAGACAGGGGAGAGGGGGAUCAGAUUUACAUAGUUCGGCAGCCAGAAGUAUGCAUGAAAAAUGUGAAGAACUCUAAUGCAGGAGAAGAGGGGACUUCUCCUCAGUUCCACAACCAACAGUUGUAAACUGAAACGAUGAAGGGAUUAACUGAAAACUAGUGAAGAAAAACACAAAAGAAAGAUAAGGGUUGUCACUAAAGUUGAUCUCUCCUUUACAAAUGAUCCCUCCAAGACUCCAUGUAUCUGGAUCAAAAUAAAAAAUAACAAUAAUAAAAACUAAAAUAUGAGAAAUAGAUCUUGAUGCUCUA